AUGAAGUUGAUAUUCCCUUUUAUGCUGCUUGCACUGGCCUUGGGGGUGGUAGCCUCAUCAGUCGUCGACGACGACCAACCAUGGACAGAAAUGGGAACGGCGUCGACGAUGAUGAUGGAGGAAUCAGACGGCGGUGGUGGCAGCCGAAUGCUGGCGGCACAGAAGCCGGCUCGUUACAUAAGCUAUGCAGCAUUGAAGAAAAAUAACGUGCCGUGUAAGAAGAGAGGACAGUCUUAUUACAACUGCAAUCAACGUACUAAGGCCAAUCCCUACACCCGUGGAUGCAGUGUUAUCACACAUUGCGCCAGGUUUACCGAUUAG